AUGGAACUCUCACGGCAGGAGUACCCGGCCUUGCUGGCUACUCUACACCCCAGUCAAGCUUCGACCAUCCUAAACGAUCGCAUCCGACUCAUCAACAAGAUCAAUGCGGAUAUUGCGGACUUCCUGCAGGAGCGCCGUCGCGUCGAAGAAGCCUAUGCCCAGAGCUUGCGGAAGCUAGCCAGUCGGCCACAAUUGGACAAUGGCGCCGCACUUGGCAUUUUCCAAAUCCCCUGGCAGCGCAUCAUUAAUGCCACCGAGGCCCUCGCCGUGUCGCACGAGACACUUGCGACCAAGAUCGAAGAGGACGUAGAGCGGCCCCUGAGAGAAUAUAGCAACAAGAAUCGGGAUAUGCAGUCAAUGCCAGGAAUUCAGAGCAACCUGGCGGGCCUUGCCAAAAAUAUCGAUGCUGCGCAAAAGAAAGUCGACAAGGCGAAGGGCAAGGGCGCCAAGGGCGCAAGUAGCCUUUCCAGCGCCAUCACUGCCGCGGAAGAGAUGAAUCAACAAUGGGAGUCGCGUGCUCCCUUUGUCUAUGAGCAACUACAGGCUGCGGAUGAAGGUCGCCUCAAUCACCUCCGCGAUGUCCUGACCCAGCUGGAGACCCACGAAGUGGACCAAGUCGAGCGCUGCCGGCAAGCCGCUGAGAGCUGUCUGAACGUUCUCCUUAAUGUGGAGACGGCGGAUGAGAUCAAGACCUUUGCUGCCAAAAUGGCUGGCAACCGAACACCUUUGUCACCUGUGACGUCGCGGCGACAGAACUCUCAAGCGGAGAUUCCCCCUACCGUUCCAGCUUCGGCCACACCUCCUCUAGCUGCUGCACCGCUUGCACCUCCACCGCAUAUUCAGGAUGAUGCAGCUAGCCAGCGAUCGGAGAGAUCGGAGACUCCAGCUCCAGCUCCAGCUGCUGCCGUGCAAACACCGCCAGCCCCAGAGCCGGUUCCUCGACAUACACCAUUGGGUGGUUUGAGGCGACUCGGGACAGUGAUGAACCGACGGAAGAGCGUGAUUGGACCGACAGCCGGAAGCUUUGACCGAAAGGCAGAGAAGAAGCAUCGUAGCCCAUUCGCACCCUUCAAGAGAUCCGACUCUUCAAGGGAGAUGCAAAUUCCUGAAUCUCCGCCAUCAACUGCGGAUCGACCUGGAACGUCUUUGACUGAGGAAUCAUCCUUGCGGAACCCCAGCGUAUCACACGAUCACAAUACCACUGAUGCCAUUACUCCUGCGCCAAUCGCUGAACAGGAACCAUCUACUGCAAAUGGAACCUUGGCAGAGGCUUCAGCUGCCAUCGUCAGCAAUGGCACCACUCCGGGCCAUGUUGAUUCUGAAGGCUUCACUGAGCGACCUUCAACUGUAGAUGAAAUUACACGUGCUCAGAGAGAGGCAGCAGGAUUGGAGGACUCUGGAAUGAACUUGACGAUUCGUGACCAGCCGAUCUUCGAAGAUGAGAGCCAAGCUAAGAAGGCCAUGGAUGAUAUGGCCAACACCCUUCGGAUGCGCGCCCCGCAGCCAGGUAUCAGACGGAAUGCAGGCACUAUUCGAGGCCGUCGUGACGUUCGAAACACCGUCUUUGUCCCCAACCCUGGCACCGAUAUGGCCGCCACAUCGGCGGCAUCUGAUCUAUACGGCCCAUCAUCUCCUAUCAGGCAUGCCCCGUCCCCCAGCACUGCGACGGAAGACCAUGCCAUGUCAGAUACUACAUCGGUUCGGUCAGGGCACACUAUGCAUGGCCCUGGGCCUAGCAUUCAUCCUGAGCUUCAUGAGCCUGGUCUGAAUGCAUCCAUCAUUGAAACCGUCAGUGCAUGGUUCUCAGAGGGCAACGUGACCAAGUCCUCCGUUGUGGGAGAGCUUGCCCUUUCACACAACCCUGCGCCGGGUGCUCCUGCAGACAACCUGCGCAUUCGUCUCGACAACUUCCCUGUCCUGGAGAAGGUUGCCGCCAACCCACACUUUGUCCACGAAGCCACUAAGGACGGUGCAGACGAGAAGCGUGGCGAGUACGAUAUCCAGCUGGGCAGCAUCUCGCGGCCCAUGCCAACCGUCGCCUUCAAGUAUCAGGUACACCUCGACCCAACCAACCCCUCGGCCUACUGCCCGGUCAUUUUCAAGCCAGCCUGGAAUCUGCAAGAAAACCAAGCAAGCGCAAUUAUAUUCUACUCUCUCAACCCCUCCUUCACCUCGGCUACCGGCUCAAUCACCCUUAAGAAUGUGAUCCUCACCGUCGGUCUGGAUAUUGCCGCCGAAGACGAGGUCACCAAGGAGCCGCGCGACUCGGUCGCCCACGCUACCAGCGCUGUGAUGUACCCCAACUCCGGUGCGACUUUCCGUCGCAAGACUUCCACCGUGAUCUGGAAGAUCCCUGAGCUGGAGGUCAAGGCCCCAGGUUCUGGCGGCGAGGACGGCAAGUUCCUCGUGCGUUUCGCUACAGCGACUCCCGGGCCCCGUAAGGGUGCCGUUGAGGCCAGAUUUGAGCUGCAUACUACCGAGACUGGCUCCAGGCUGGGUAUCAGUCGUGCUCCUGCGCACGCUGGUCCGAAGGAAAUUGAUCCUUUCGCGGAUGAGGGCAAGCCUGCUACCCCCCUCCCUUGGGAGGAAGUUCCGACGGCUCGCAAGUUAGUCGCCGGAAAGUACGUCUCUGCUUAG